UAAAAAAAAAACUUCAGCUUUACUCAGUUUUGCUCAUUCUCUCUCUCUUUGAAAACUCACACUCAUGGCGACAAUUCUCUCACCUUCUUCAACCUAAUAUUAUUAUUGUUUCACUUCAAGCAGAUCUAUACUAUGGCCAUGGGUAUAUCUCUGUUCUUCAUUCUCCUCUUGAUUUACUCGCCGUUACUUUUACACGCCGAUGAGUCUCAAACCGAGAUCGAAGCUCUCACGGCGUUUAAACUCAACCUCCAUGACCCACUCGGUGCGUUAACUUCAUGGGAUCCUUCAACUCCAACUGCUCCAUGUGACUGGCGUGGCGUCGCCUGUACUAACCACCGUGUUACAGAGAUCCGUCUUCCUCGUCUCCAGCUCUCCGGACGAAUCUCCGACCGUAUCUCCGGCCUACGCAUGCUACGGAAGCUCAGUCUCCGGUCAAACUCUUUGAACGGUACUAUCCCUACCACACUCGCUUACUGCACGCGCCUACUCGCUGUCUUUCUUCAGUAUAACUCACUCUCCGGGAAACUACCUCCGCCGAUGAGGAAUCUCACUUCGCUUGAGGUCUUUAACGUUGCUGGUAACCGUCUCUCCGGUGAGAUCUCCGUUGGUUUGCCGACGAGUCUCAAGUUUUUGGACGUUUCGUCGAACACCUUCUCUGGUCAGAUACCGAGUGGACUUGCUAACUUGACUCAGCUCCAGCUUCUUAAUCUCUCGUAUAAUCAGUUUACCGGCGAGAUUCCGGCGAGUUUAGGUAACCUCCAGAGUCUUCAGUACUUGUGGCUCGAUUUCAAUCUAUUGCAAGGGACAUUACCGUCGGCGAUCUCCAACUGCUCCUCCUUAGUUCACUUGAGUGCGUCGGAGAACGAAAUCGGCGGCGUGAUUCCCGCCGCGUACGGUGCUCUUCCGAAACUCGAGGUUCUCUCGCUCUCUACCAACAAUUUUUCCGGUACUGUGCCGUUUUCUCUCUUCUGCAACUCUUCGCUUAGGAUUGUUCAGUUAGGGUUCAAUGCUUUUUCCGAUAUCGUACGGCCUGAGACGACGGCGAACUGUCGUACCGGUUUACAGGUCUUGGAUCUCGGGGAAAAUCGAAUCUCCGGUCUUUUCCCGUUGUGGUUAACAAAAAUUUUGUCGUUAACGAAUUUUGAUGUUUCUGGAAACUUGUUUUCCGGUGAGAUUCCGCCGGAUAUUGGUAACUUGAAGAGGUUAGAAGAAUUGAAAUUGGCUAAUAACUCUCUUACUGGUGAGAUUCCUGUUGAGAUUAAGCAAUGUGGUUCGUUAGGUGUUCUUGAUUUCGAAGGGAACAGAUUAAAAGGUCAGAUUCCUGAGUUUUUAGGCUACAUGAAGGCUUUAAAGGUUUUGUCUUUAGGCAGAAACAGCUUCUCAGGUUAUGUUCCUUCGUCUUUGGUGAAUCUGCAGCAGCUUGAUAGGCUUAACUUAGGUGAAAACAACUUGAAUGGGAGUUUCCCUGUGGAGUUAAUGGCCUUGACGAAUCUGUCUGAGCUGGAUUUGAGUGGAAACAAGUUUUCCGGGGAAGUUCCUGUGAGUAUCAGUAACUUGAGUAACCUCAGUUUUCUGAAUUUGAGUGGGAAUGGAUUCUCUGGUGAGAUACCAGCUAGUGUUGGUAAUCUGUUUAAGCUAAUAGCUCUUGAUUUGAGCAAACAGAAAAUGUCUGGUGAGGUUCCGGUUGAGCUCUCUGGUUUGCCCAACUUGCAAGUGAUUGCAUUGCAGGGAAACAACUUCUCUGGUGUUGUACCUGAAGGGUUUAGUAGCUUGGUGAGUUUAAGAUAUGUGAACCUUAGCUCCAACUCCUUCUCUGGUCAGAUUCCGCAGACUUUCGGGUUUCUUCGGUUGUUGGUUUCUCUGUCACUGUCAGAUAAUCACAUCUCUGGGUCUAUUCCGCCUGAAAUUGGAAACUGCUCUGCUCUUGAAGUUCUCGAGUUAAGAUCUAACAAGCUAAUGGGUCAUUUACCCGCUGAUCUCUCUCGUCUUCCGCGUUUGAAGGUGCUUGACAUGGGUCGGAACAACUUGUCAGGCGAAAUCCCACCAGAAAUCUCUGAGAGCUUGUCUGUCAACUCGUUGUCACUUGACCACAAUCAUCUUUCAGGAGUCAUACCUGGAUCUUUGUCUAGGUUAUCAAACUUGACAAAGCUAGAUCUUUCUGUUAAUAACUUAACCGGGGAGAUUCCGGCUAGCCUCACCCUUAUCUCCAGUAACUUGGUAUACUUCAACGUCUCAAGCAACAACCUUAAAGGAGAGAUUCCAGCUUCGUUAGGCUCAAGAAUCAACAACCCAUCAGAAUUUUCAGGUAACACAGAGCUCUGCGGGAAGCCAUUAAACAGAAAAUGCGAAAGCAGCACAGCGGAAGAGAAGAAGAAGAGAAGGAAAAUGAUUAUUAUGAUAGUUAUGGCUGCAAUAGGUGCAUUCCUUUUAUCACUCUUCUGCUGCUUCUACAUUUACACACUCUUGAAAUGGAGAAAGAAGCUGAAACAACAGUCUACAACGGGAGAAAAGAAACGAAGUCCUGGUAGAACAAGCGCUGGAAGUAGAGUUCGUAGCAGCACGAGCAGAUCAAGUACAGAAAAUGGAGAACCAAAGCUAGUGAUGUUCAACAACAAGAUAACUCUGGCUGAAACAAUCGAAGCAACACGACAGUUCGAUGAAGAAAAUGUUCUUAGCAGAACCAGAUACGGAUUGCUAUUCAAAGCCAAUUACAAUGACGGAAUGGUUCUCUCUAUCCGCCGCUUACCCAAUGGCUCACUCUUAAACGAGAACUUGUUCAAGAAAGAAGCUGAAUUCCUCGGUAAAGUCAAGCACCGAAACAUCACGGUUCUUAGAGGUUACUACGCAGGUCCACCAGAUUUAAGGCUUUUGGUGUAUGACUACAUGCCCAACGGAAACUUAUCUACUCUGCUCCAAGAAGCUUCCCACCAAGAUGGCCAUGUCCUAAACUGGCCAAUGCGCCACCUCAUAGCUCUCGGGAUCGCUCGUGGACUUGGUUUCCUUCAUCAAUCCAGCAUGGUUCAUGGUGAUAUCAAGCCACAGAAUGUACUCUUCGAUGCUGAUUUCGAAGCACAUUUAUCUGAUUUCGGGCUUGACCGUCUCACGGUACGAUCCCCCUCAAGAUCAGCUGUCACAUCAGCCACCACCGGGACGCUAGGAUACGUUUCUCCAGAAGCCUCAUCAUCCGGAGAAAUCACAAGAGAAGCCGACAUCUACAGCUUUGGCAUUGUCCUACUCGAAAUCCUAACGGGGAAAAGACCAGUAAUGUUCACACAAGACGAGGAUAUAGUGAAAUGGGUGAAGAAACAGCUUCAGGGAGGUCAAGUCACGGAGCUACUAGAACCAGGGCUACUAGAACUCGAUCCAGAAUCAUCAGAAUGGGAAGAGUUCUUAUUAGGAAUAAAAGUGGGACUUCUUUGUACUGCAACGGAUCCUCUAGACAGACCAACAAUGUCCGAUGUUGUUUUCAUGCUUGAAGGCUGCCGUGUUGGUCCCGACGUUCCUUCCUCCGCCGACCCAACUUCUCAGCCUUCACCGGCCUAACCGUUUUUUUUUUUUACUUCUUUGUAUUCCUGAUUUAAAUUUUUAGUGAAGAAAAAAACAAGAAGUAAUAUUAAAAAAAUUCAGCAUUAAUUUACUUGGGUCUUUGGGAGCUUCUUUAAUGUC